GUACGUGGGCCGCCAGCACAGCAUGGCCGCUAACAGGAACCGAACCCGGGCCCCUGAGGCGGAGGGCACUGAGCUUAAGCACCAGGCCGCCAGGGCCCGGCCUUGUGAAUUUUAUUUUUAAACUGGCAGGUGGAGGCAGACGACAGCGUCUGUGGAUUCCACUUCAGGGAAACGGGGACACGCGGGUUAACAAGGUGGCCUGAGGUCUCGAAGGCUGGGAUCCCUGGAGGGCAGGGUUACUGCUGUGUCCCCAGUGCCUGGGACACAGUUGGCGCUCCCUAAGCGUUCAUCGAGCGACUGAAUGAGUGUUCCCGCUGAGCCUCCGAAACUUUAGGGGGACUUUGUGGCUUGUGACGAGAGUGGGCUGUUCUGGCACUCGGUGGGCACGGACCCAGGACACUGGCCAUCUGGUCCCCAGGCCCCUCCUGGCCGCCCGCCCUCGGGCCCGGGGAGCGUGGCCGCAGGAAGGAAGGCCCGGGUUUAUUCUGGUCCUCAGGCCGCUCCCCUGGGACAGCUGUCAUCCCCCUGGCUGGCCACUCGGAUGGGGCGUUUCUGGCAGAACAAUGGGACGGGGACGGGGACGGACCCAGGUGUCGCCAGGCAGCGGGGGGCUGGAGGGGCUAGGAGUGGGGUGGGGAGGGCGGCGCCGCGGGGGGCCCAGGCCCAGUGCCCCUCCUGGACCAACAGGCCCAACCUCAGGACUCGCAGGCCCGAUGGACGCCUUCAGCACCAAGAGCCUGGCCCUGCAGGCGCAGAAGAAGCUGCUGGGCAAGGUGGCCUCGCGGGCGGUGGCGGUCGCGUUCCUGGACGACGCGAGCAGCGAGGUGCUGGACGAGCUGUACCGCGCCGCCAAGGAGUUCACGCGCAGCCGCAAGGAGGCGCAGAAGCUGGUCAAGAACCUGGUCAAGGUGGCCCUGAAGCUGGCCGUGCUGCUCCGCGGGGGCCAGCUGGGCGCCGACGAGCUGGCCCUGCUGCGCGGCUUCCGCCAGCGGGCGCGUCGCCUGGCCAUGACGGCCGUCAGCUUCCACCAGGUGGACUUCACCUUCGACCGGCGCGUGCUGGCCGCCGGGCUGCUCGAGUGCCGGGAUCUGCUGCACCAGGCGGCCGGCCGCCACCUCACCGCCAAGUCCCACGGCCGCAUCAGCCACGUCUUCGGCCACCUGGCCGACGGCGACUUCCUGGCCGCGCUCUACGGGCCGGCCGAGCCCUACCGCUCGCACCGGCGCCGGCUCUGCGAGGGCCUCUCCAGGAUGCUGGACGAGGGCAGCCUCUGAGCGCCCCCGGCGGGGAGGAUGGGGUGCGCGCUUGUCUUUUUGGUCCUUUUGUCCCAGUCCACCCACUCUGUCCCAGGCCAGACCCCCCGCGGCCGGCGCCCCGUGCCCGCUCAGAGGGUGACAGACCGCUCCCCGCAGCCGCGUGAAGGACCACGUGCCUCCCCUCCUGCCCCCUCUCGAUGGGGAGACGGACUUGGCGUGGGGACCUCUUGCGCACCUCGAGGCGGCCGUCUGAGCCGCGACAGGCGGUGGGGGACGCGUCUACACCCUCAGACCACCGAUGGCUCUGAAAUCGGGGCUGCCCCCUCACGGGGUCCCAGCUUUUUCGUCCUUUGGGCGGUGUCCUGGGGACUUGGAGGAGCGGGGGCGUCAGGGCCGAGCGGCACCCCCACAGACCCCUCGGUUGAAUUCCUGACACAGCGCCUCCCGUGGGACCUGGCUUGGAAAUAGCGUCACUGCCGAGGUUGUUUGCUGAGCGAGGUCAUUGUGGAGCAGGGUGGGCCCCGAUCCCGGGGGACUGGUGUCCUUAUAAAAAGGGGACAUUUGUGCCCGGACACAAACGAGAAGGGCGCACAGAGAUGGAGGCAGGAGUCGGAUGGAUGCCCAGGAAGGUCAGCGACCCCCGGCGGGAACCGGCCCACCACCCCUUGAUCUCCGACUUCAGCCUCGGGAACUGGAAGUGCACCCGCUUUGGCGGUUCCGGCCGCCCCGUCUGGGGUGCCCUGUCCGGUGGCCCCGGGAACAAGCACAGGCAGCCGGGCUGCGGGCUACGGGGGGCCCAUUGGCGAGGACGCCUCCAUUGGGUCCAGAUUGCCACCCUGACUCCCACAUGGAGUGGACCAACCCUCCACAUGCGUGACUUGUGUUUGUCAGAAGGGGACAUGGGUUGGAGAAGGUUAAAGGUCGCUGCAGGUCUGGCCACAUUGGGGUCAGGAUGGUUGUCCCGGGCACCCCGGGUGGAGGGGCAGCGGCGUCCCUGACUGUUUUGCACAGCUAGGUCUGCCGAGGGCAAAGGUCACUAACAGGAGGCCUGCCGUAGGCCUUAUUAGGCGAGAAGCUGGCUUUGCUCCAUCCCAUCGGGUGUCCAAGACGUUUGGGGUCAGCUGCCAACCUGAAAACCGAGGCAGUUGCGGCUCCCCAUCUAGAAUUGGAGUUUCUCUCGAAAACUGGCUGGUGCUUGCACUGCCCGCCCGGGAGCCGCACAGAGCUGCCCUGUCCCUGCUUUGCCGCAGUCCCCACCGCUCCCUUUUGCCUCUCCCUGGCCUGCUGCGCCGGCUGGGAGAUCCCGACCCCAGAUUCAGGGCGGCCUGGCUGUGGUUUGGUUUCUGCUUCCCUGAAAUAGCCAAAGGCUGUUGCGUGGGGGCCGGCUGUCCCUCCUCGGCCUCCCUUCUGGGCGAGUGUCCCCUCUCGUCUCCAGUCGUCGAGACGGCUCUGCAAACUCAAGCAGGGACGUGCGUCUUGAUGACCGGGAAGCCCCAGAUGCCACACUUUGCCCUCGGCUCUGCUGACUGACUCUGUCCACGCGUGUGGUCUCUGGACCUGGUCCCCACUGUGCUGUCCGGCCUGGCUUGGCUCUUUUCACAAAUUUGAGAUUGAAUCUUAAAAAACCAAAGAGCAUGACAGAACCCUUUAAAUAAAGGCGCAUCUCCCAUUU